AUAGUUAUGGAUAAUCAACAAAUUAUUAGAAAGCCAUCAAAGUUUGAUAGGACUAACAUUAUUAGCCGGACAUAUGUUUUAUGGAUUUACAAAACAUUUAUCAAUGGUUUGCGUAAUAGUAUAACAUUUGAUGACUUAUAUCGUUGUCCAAAAUCGGAUGAAUGCCAACAAUUAGUUCAAACACUUGAAAGACAUUGGGCUAAUGAGUUGGACAGUAGUCGACAGUCGUCGGCACCAAGUUUUGUGAGGGCAAACAUCAAGACAUUUAUAAUGAAAAUGUUUGUACCGUUUUGUUUUAUUGGUUUCAGUGAGUGUUUCCUUAAAAUGGUCCAGCCAAUAAUGCUCGGUUAUGUUAUCCGCUAUUUUGCCUCACCCGACAAGUAUGACUACCAGACAGCCUGUCUGUAUGCCGGCGGUGUUGUACUAUCGGUACUGUUGACCGUAUCGACCUAUCAUCCGGCAGCGGUACUCGAGUGUCGGGUGGCCACCAAAAUCAGGGUCAGCUGGUGUACGCUUAUGUAUAAAAAGGCCUUAAAACUCAAACCGUCGGCUUUCGGUAAGACAACCGUUGGCCAGAUAUUGAACCUCAUGUCCAACGAUGUCAGCAGAUUUGAUGAGUUUUGUAUACUGGGCACCUUUAUAAUAAUAGCACCGUUACAAACAAUUAUCGGUGUAGCCAUAUGCUAUCAAUAUAUUGGUUGGACAUGUUUUAUAGGAUUGGUUAUACUAUUAAUGUUUAUACCAUUCAAUAGUUUUAUUGGUAGACUAUUCCUGAAAAUUAGAACAAAAGUUACAGUAYUAUCGGAUAGUAGGAUACGUUUGAUGAAUGAGAUUAUUAAAGGUAUGGCCGUUAUUAAAAUGUAUGCCUGGGAACAACAUUUUGCCAAUUUAAUAUCCGAUGCCCGAAAGGAUGAAAUGUCCAAAAUAAAACAGUCGACACUAUUGAGGGCCCUAAACAUAUCCAUAUCGGUCAUAGCCGCCCGUAUCAUAUUGUUUGCCAUWUUCAUAACCUAUGUYCUCAUGGGCGGGCACCUGGAGGCGGAAAAAGUUUUCGUAACAAUGCAAAUAUUUAAUACAAUACGAAAUCCKAUGACCUGGUUUUUCACGCAAUCAAUUGCCCUGGCAUCGGAAAUCUAUGUAUCGUGUAGUCGGGUACAGAAAUUUUUAUURCUUGAAGAAAUCGAUGACAAUAGUAGUGAAUAUUGUAAUACAUCUAAUAAUACUAMUAAUAAUAAUAAUACAAAUGAAACUGAUGAAUUAUCWAAAAAUUUAUAUAAUAAUAAUAGUCUAAAURAUUGUAGUAUUAGUGUCAAUGAUAUGUACGCCAAAUGGGAUCCGACUCACGAAAAUAAUACACUAAAAAGUAUAUCAUUGUCAGUAAAACCGGGCGAACUGUUGGCAGUUAUAGGACCAGUAGGUUCAGGAAAGAGUUCAUUUCUAAUGUCACUAAUGAACGAAAUAUCUGUGACUUCGGGUACGGUUAGAGUCAACGGUUCCAUAGCUUAUGCAUCACAGGAGUCGUGGAGUUUUAACGCUAGUAUUAUACAGAAUAUUACAUUUGGUUUGCCAUUCGAUUCGAGGAAAUGGCGAGAAGUCAUAUCUGUCUGCGCUAUGAAUACCGAUAUAAAACUGUUUCCGUUUGGAGAGAAAACAUUAGUCGGAGAGAGAGGCGUCUCAUUGAGCGGCGGACAGAAAGCCAGACUAACAUUAGCCCGUGCUCUCUAUAAUGACGCCGAUAUCUACCUAUUGGACGAUCCGUUGAGUGCAGUGGACAGUGAAGUAGCCAAACAUAUAUUUGAAAAAUGUAUAACUGAAUAUCUGAAACACAAAACYGUUGUAUUAGUCACACAUCAGAUCCAAUUCAUACGGAAGGCAACGAAAAUACUGGUCAUACACGAAGGUCGGCCACUGGGUUUCGGGUCGUAUGAGGAGCUGAUYGGUUCGGGUAUUGAUUUUAUGUCGUUACUGACGAGAGACGAUACGACAGCKACAUCAUCGACAUCGACAGCAAAGGAAACAAUGGYUAAUAAAAAGAGUGAAGAGUUGUUAAUUGCUGAACAAAUUAUAGCCCGCAAGAGGACUAUCAGUGCCCUAUCSGUCCAAUCGGAGAUAUGCACCGAAAUAAGUGACCCUAAACUCGAUGAUGAAGUUAAAUCAACUGGGUCGAUAAGUGGCCGGGUCUACUGGGCCUAUAUUAGGGCAGGUGCCGGUCCCGUACUGAUGCUGCUGGCCAUACUAUCGACACUGGUAUCCCAGGGACUGUUUCACUAUAGCGAUUGGUGGCUAACCCAAUGGACCAAUAAAGAGGAYAAAAGAAAUCUAAAYGAUUAUUACGAUCAGUCSCCAAAUAUAAUCAUAUUUUCGGCAUUAAUGGCCAUAACUUUCGGUACAYUGAUUGUCCGAUCGGCCACUUUUUUCCUGACCUGUAUWAUAGCRUCGAUUAGAUUGCAUAAUAAAAUYUUUUAUCGUCUAAUGCGGGCACCGAUCAGUUUUUUUGACAACAAUCCCGUCGGCCGAAUACUCAAUAGGUUUACCAAAGAUGUCGGCAUUAUUGAUGAACAGUURCCUCUAUGUGCCUAUGAUUUGAAUAUUAUUGUAUGCCAACUGAUUGGCACAAUAAUAGUGGURGCAAUUGUCAACUGGUAUCUMAUUUUUCCGGCACUGRUAAUGAUUUUCUUAAUAUUACURAUYAGAUGGAUGUAUAUCAAAACGGCCAGAGAUUUGAAACGUUACGAAAAUAUGGCCCGGAGCCCAAUGUACAAUCAUAUGACCACUACGUURAACGGUUUGGCAACAAUCAGGUCAUUCAAAGCCCARUCRAUGUUUGAGGAACAGUACUACCGAUACCAGGACGACCAYACGGCCACCUAUUUUAUGUGUUUUUCAUCGUCCAGGGCUUURGGUAUAAUAAUGGACUAUAUAUGCACACUGUAUGUGUUUGUUGUAGCCCUGUUUCUAAUGUUAUUUCAUCAAGGCUUACCCGGAGGCGAUGCCGGUCUAGCCUUAUCUAUGGCACUGGGUUUGACUGGUAUGACUCAAUGGGGUGUCCGACAGUCGGCUGAAGUGGAAAACCAGAUGACAUCCGUUGAACGUAUACUUGAAUACAGUCGACUCGAGUCGGAGGCAGAGCUGGAAAGUCUGGAAAAACCAUCCGAGGAUUGGCCACAACGGGGAACCAUUGACUUUAAGGAUGUUUCACUUACUUACGAUAAUUCGCCCAAACCUACGCUAAUGGGUCUGAAUUUUUCGAUCAACGGCGGCGACAAAGUGGGUGUUGUCGGCCGUACCGGUGCCGGCAAGUCGUCCAUAUUGUCGGCAUUGUUUCGUAUGCAUGAAUGUGACGGACAGAUACUGAUCGACGGAAUCGAUUGCAAGAGUCUGGGUCUACACGAUCUGCGUAAACACAUAUCAAUUAUACCGCAAGAACCGGUAGCUUUUAUCGGAACUUUACGUAAAAAUUUGGAUCCAUUUGAUGAACAUUCAGAGGACAGGCUAUGGGAUGCCCUGAAACAGGUUCAGCUAAGAGAUGCCGUAAUGGAAAUGCCCGGACGUCUCGAUUAUCAACUGUCCGAAAGUGGCGGUAAUCUGAGUGUAGGUCAACGUCAGCUCAUAUGUCUGGCCAGAGCUAUACUCCGACGCAAUCGUAUCCUAGUGUUAGACGAGGCGACCGCUAAUGUCGAUCACAACACCGAUUCCCUGAUUCAGCAGACAAUCCGCCAGAACUUUGCCGACUGUACGGUCAUAACGAUAGCCCACAGACUCAAUACAAUCAUCGAUUCAAACAAAGUAUUGGUUUUAGACUCCGGAAGAGUMCAACAGUUUGACAGUCCGUACCGUUUGUUGCAAAACAAUUGCGGACUUUUCUAUAAACUGGUCAAACAAACCGGUCCUCAAAUGGCCGGWCAACUCAUGAGUUCAGCCAAACAAGCGUACGAUAAGAUGACUGWYUGAA